AUGGAUUCCCCUCCUCCGGCAACACCACCACCGCCACCACAACUCUCCCCGUCACGUCCCUCAAAACAAAAACUAACAUCCCGUCUCGACUCUUACAUCGCCACCAGCAAAGUAGGCACAAAGUUCAAACUCUCGGAACGAAACACAACCUUCACCACUGAAUUCCGGGCUGGAACCGUCACCUUCCUCACCAUGGCCUAUAUCCUUGCCGUAAACGCUAGCAUCCUAACCGACUCCGGUGGCACGUGCACCGUCUCCAACUGUACAUCCAGUACUGCGGCUUCAUGCAAGUUUCCACCUAUAGACCCUGGCUAUGCUGCAUGCCUUGUGCAAACAAGAAAAGAUCUUAUUGUAGCCACCACAGCUGCUUCUUUCAUCGCGUGUUUAUCGAUGGGAUUAUUUGCUAACCUUCCUUUAGCACUCGCCCCAGGAAUGGGUACCAACGCGUAUUUUACGUACACUGUUGUGGGGUUUCAUGGGUCCGGAAACUUGUCUUACCAAACAGCCUUAGCCGCGGUUUUUAUGGAAGGUUUUAUAUUUUUAAUCAUUUCUACAAUUGGGGUUCGAGCCAAGCUGGCUAAACUAGUUCCAAAAACAGUCAGAAUCUCAUCAUCAGCUGGAAUAGGGUUAUUCCUGGCUUUUAUUGGGCUACAGCACAAUCAAGGUAUUGGUCUGAUUGGCUAUAGCCCAUCAACUUUAGUGACCAUAGGUGGCUGCCCGAGAAAUUCUCGGGCAGCCUUAGCACCUGUACUAUUUACUAAUGGAACCAUUUCCCUGAUGCCAAAUAGUACAGUGUCAGACCAUAUACUAUGUUUGCACAAUCGAAUGGAAGACCCCACAUUAUGGCUAGGUAUUAUCGGCUUCGUCAUAACAGCAUACUGCAUGGUAAAAAACGUCAAGGGUGCUAUGAUUUACGGAAUUAUACUUGUGACCGUGAUUUCUUGGUUCAGAGGGACGAGUGUGGCUGAGUUUCCUGAUACCGAAUUAGGUAACGCAGCGCACACAUACUUCAAAAGAGUUAUAGAUGUACAUUCGAUAAAGACAACUGCAGGUGCCAUAAGUUUCAAGGAUAUGAACACAAAGGCAUUUUGGGGAGCAUUGGUCACAUUUUUGUACAUAGAUAUACUUGAUGCCACAGGGACAUUGUAUUCAAUGGCACGAUUUGCUGGGAUGUUGGACACAAAUGGAGAUUUCGAGGGACAAUAUUUUGCGUUCAUGUCUGAUGCAUCCUCAAUUAUGAUAGGAUCGUUGUUAGGGACAUCACCCGUGACAACAUAUAUUGAAUCAUCAACGGGGAUUAAAGAGGGUGGAAGGACAGGGUUGACCGCGAUAACUGUAGCAGGGUACUUCUUUUUGGCUUUCUUCUUUACGCCUUUGUUAGCAUCGAUACCACCGUGGGCAGUGGGACCACCGUUGAUAUUGGUGGGUGUACUUAUGAUGAAAUCAGUGACAGAGAUUGAAUGGGAUGAUAUGAAACAAGCAAUUCCAGCAUUUUUGACAAUGAUAUUGAUGCCAUUGACAUAUUCUGUUGCAUAUGGAAUAAUUGGUGGCAUUGGGACAUAUAUUGUCUUGAAUAUACCGGAUUGGGUGAUGUUUUUGAUGAAGAAAUAUGGAAUUAAGGAUAAGAUUAAGAGUAAAAGUUCUACUAUUAGCCAAGGAUCAAAUGUUGGAGGUAGUACUAACACAAGUAUGGGGACAGAAAAAUAUGUAAAUUUUUCAAUACAAGAUAGUGUUUAA